AUGACAUCACACAUGCAUGCCAUCGAGUCGUACACGGAGGGGACUACCCAGCUGCCCAUGUCAUUGAUGAAGAUACAUACCACCAUCUUCAAGAUCUCACAGACCUCGCACCCUUACACAACGCCAGCGCCCUUGCCAUCGUCGAAGCUUGCAUGA